AAAUUUAUACGCAGAAUAUAAGCUUUCAUGGUAGGCAACCCACAAUACACCAAUGUAUAAUAAGUUAAAGUACAACAACAAAAUUAUAACAUUUUACUGAAAAUAAACAAAGUUAAAGAUAAAUAUUAAUACAGAUAUUAAUAUUAUAAUAAAGUUAUGCAUUACUGUGAUUUUUACUUGUAAAACAAAACAAUGCAAUCUGGUAGAGACUCUCGACUGAAUUACUCCUCAACAUGUUGGAUAGACGACCUGCCCGUAUGCAAACAGUCCGGAAUCGGUUUCUCUAUGAAUCAGAUCUACAGAGAGGAUGGCAACAGGCAAGAAGAACAUGCUUUUGAAGACAGAAGCUUCCACUGUGGCUUCCACAAUGAUAACAAUUCAUUUCUCUACGGUGUAUUUGACGGCCAUGAAGGCACCAAAGCAGUAGACUACUGCUUUCAGAAAAUGCCGGCUGAAAUACUCCUCGGACAACUAAAUCCGUCAAUGAAUGAUGAAGACAUCAAAGAAGUGCUCAGACAAGCUUUCAUUGGUGUUGAGAAUGGUUACAUGGAUUCACUCAAUGAUUUACUAGCAGAGAGAGCUGCUUAUGAUGUACCUGAAGGUGUAAAUCCAUAUGAUUACUUCAAACAAACUGAAUUGGAGCAUUUACAUCAACUGAACGCGAAUAUAUCAUCAGGAACAGCAGCUGCAAUUGCAUUGAUAUACAAUAAAACACUUUUUGUGGCGAAUGUAGGCAACUGUCGAGUCUUACUCUGUGAAAACGACCCAAAUGCAGUGUUAAAAGUGAUUCAGUUGAGUAUUGAUCAUGAUACGAGGAACGAAGAUGAAGUUUUGCGGAUGUCUCAGCUUGGUUUACAGGCGGAUCGCUUAAGAAAACAUGUCAGGCUAGGCAACCAAGAGAACACGCGGUGUUUAGGCAACCAUUCAGUCAAGGGUGGGUAUAAAGAAGUGGAAGAUUUAAUGAAAGCCGCGCAGGAGCCGAUCAUAGCCGAACCAGACAUCAUCGGCGGCAUAAAACUAAACGAUAGUCAUCGUUUCUUACUUCUAAUGUCUUCUGGAUUAUACAAAGCAAUCGAAGAAGCCAUGGGCACUGAUCAAGUCAAUAAAUAUCUCGCUCAGAGUGUCGUAGAUCAGUUUAGAGAGCAGACAAACAUCACUGGCGUGGCCCAAGCUGUCGUUGAUAAAGUCGUUCGUCUGCAUCACGAUUGGCACAUGACUAAUUCAUUAUCCUACGAUAGAACACGAGAAGAUAUCACGUUAGUCGUGCGCAACUUCAAUUUCCCCAUGCCGAACGCAAUCCGCACGCCAACUGUCAGUUUCAAUCCGCUGGUGGCGACAUCUUUAAUCUCCACAACGCCUCAGAGUACACUAACCAACUCAACGAGUCUCUUCAACAGUGAACAGAGUAAUACUAACACAAACAACUAUGAUAAUACAAAUAGUAGCUCAAGUUCCGAACCGGCGCUGCCGUUUCCCGAUCCGGAUGAGAAAAUCAAAGCGUAUGUAAAUUUUAAGGAUUUCUACAAAAAUGUUGAGAUUGCGAAGAAAAAUGGAACGUUACCACACGGAUUACUGUUAUAGUUGUAAUAUUAAUACUUUUUUUCGGUUAAAAGUGCCUCGCGUCCUGUGUGAUAUUGAUAUUAUUAAAUAUUGUAUAUAUUUAAUAUUUUAUGUUUAAUUGACUUAUUAGACCGCCAGGGGGCGUUGGAUUUCAGUUUGGAUGAAAUUCAACGCCAUCUGGUGGUAAAAUUAGUAAUUUCUGUGUUUUUAGGUUAAAAUAUUGCGAUUUUUGCAGGAAAAGUAUCUUAUAUCCUUCAUAAUACCUUUUAAAACAUGUACACAAAAUUUCAUGAUGAUCCCAUGUGUAGUUUCGGCGUGAAAGCGAAACAAACAUACUUUUCAUAACUUUCAAUCUGGUUUAUUAAUAUUCUUCCAUCAUUUGCCGAACUGAUUGUGUAACCUCGCAUUUGUUAUUAAAAAACUUGAAAUGUACAAACAGAUUGCAGAUUGUUGUGCAGCAGGUGAACGUGUGUGUGUG